UACAACUAAAUACAAAUGUUUACUUUCAACAAAGAAUUCGACAACAUGUUUAAAGAGGAGCACCAAUUUGAUACUCAGCAAGACUCCUGGGAGAGCAACUGCUUCAACAGCAGUGACAACUACUCCUUCAGCAAGAUGAAUGACUUCAGUGAUGAUAACUCUCAGUGCUUCGAGAGCACUAAGAUCUAUCAGACUAAGACUAAAUCAGUCACCUCUAGCUUCUCAGGAGAAGCUACUCCAGAGAAAGUUGAGGAAAAGCCAGUAGAUAUUAUGCAAUGCUUUGACAUUAGCCAUCUCAAGAGCAUGAUUGAGAGCAGCUCCACUGACCUCAACGGCUUCCUUGAUAGCCAUGUCUUCUUUGAUAUUGACGCUUCUACUGAGAUCAAGCCUCUUGGAGAAGUCCAAUUGACCACUUCUAAGAGGAAGAUCAGAAAAUCCCCAGCUCAAAUUAAAAUUUUAAAGCAAGCUUAUGAUGCUGAUGAUGAAUGGAAGAGAGAGAUAAUUGAAUCUUUGGCCUGAAAUACAGGUCUUACCUACAAACAAGUGUAUAAAUGGUAUGCUUCAGAGAGGAAAGCUCAUGAUAAGGGACUCCCAAAGGGAUGCUCUAAGAGAACCAGGUGCUAAGCCACUAAUUUCCUUAAUCUAAUUAAUUUAAAACUUAUAC